GCUGCUGAGGGUGGUUAUUGUGGGAAGUGCGGCGGCUUGGGCCGGGCCGGGCCGGCGCUCCCGGGAGGCCGGCUUGCCGCUCGGGGCAGUCCCGGAGCCGGGAACGGCCGACACCCGAUCUCGGGCAGCGCUGCGGAUGAGGAACGAUGGAAGAGUUCAUGGUUUCUGAUUUGCAUGAUAGCAGAGGCUGAAUAGGCAUAAAGGAGACUGUAGUGCGGGUGAGAAGUGUCAAGAAGAAAUGAAUCCUGCAAAUGCUGAUACGGUGUUUGGAACCACUUUUGAAUGGGACUAUCUCUUAUGGGAAGUUCGUUUGACAUUUUUAGCUGCUGGCUUUUUAAUCUAUUUGGGAGUAUUCCUUCUGUCUCACUGGCUGUCUUCAUGGAUAAGUACCACUUAUCAUGCCUUGUAUGCAAAGGAGAAGGUGUUUUGGAAUAUGGCAGUCACACGUGGUGUGUUCGGGCUUCAGAGUUGUGUUGCUGGGCUAUGGGCUUUGCUUGUAGAUCCUGUUUUUCAUGCUGACAAAGUGUAUUCACAGCAAAAUUGGAGUUGGUUUAACUGUUUAAUAGCUGCUGGAUUUUUCUUGCUUGAAAAUGUAGCUGUUCAUGUGUCCAACAUUAUUUUUAGAACAUUUGAUGCAUUCUUGGUAGCUCAUCACUUGCUAGCUUUUGGUGGCUUGGCUGGUCUAGUGAUUAAUGUGAAAUCUGGACAUUAUCUGCCUUUGAUGGGAAUGUUGCUGGAGAUGAGUACUCCCUCAACAUGCAUUUCCUGGAUGCUUUUGAAGGCUGGCUGUGCUAACACCUUUUUCUGGAAAGCAAACCAGUGGGUGAUGAUCCACCUGUUUCACUGCCGCAUGAUUCUUACUUACCACAUGUGGUGGGUGUGUAUUUUCAAUUGGAAUUCUGUGGUAGAAAAUCUGGGACUUCUUCAUUUUAUUGUUCUAUUCUCGGGAUUAUUUGCCGUUACACUAAUACUUAACCCAUACUGGACAUACAAAAAAACUCAGCAACUUCUGAACCCAACUGACUGGAAUUUUGAAAAUAAAGCAGUGGAAAACGGAAAAGUAAAUGGUGAAACACAUCAAAAGAAGAAGAUGUAAAACUGGAACAGCUGUUUCCUUAUAGAGUGGCAAAAGAAUACAAUGCAGAAUAAUUCUUUGCCUGUGAAAUAGAAGCUUUUGCAUGAAGCUCAUUAACACAGUGAUUCCUUGCUGGUAGGAUUCUGUGUGCACCAGAAGUAUUUUAAUGCAUUUUUUCUGUUUCAUAUGUGCAUACACAUAAGCUAGUCAACCUCUUAAGAUAUACACCAACAAUUUUGUCAGGUUGGACAAUAUUUGAUGAUCUAGUAGCAAUGUGCUCUCUGAUGGCAUCCUUUGUCCUAGUGCUUCCAAGUGGCUUUACAGUUAAUUUGUCUAUUAAGCUCAGCUUGAAUCAAGUUUAGCUUGAAUCCUAUUUCAUACAUGUCAGAGAUACUGUUACUGGAAGUUAUGUUGUUUAUUAAAAUCAAUUAUGAUGUGAGUUAGGUAUUCAUGGGUACCUAUUUCCUGUGUGCCAUUUAGUCAUUCCAAGUGGCUGAAUUGGUUGGUGGUAGAAUGCAGUCACAGCUGGGGUGCAGGCAUUUAUUAUGCUGGUGGUCUAGCCGGGUGAUCAUAGUGGUCCCUUCUGGACUUGAAGUCCAUAAAAUACAAAAGACAACAACAGAAUAUUUGUCUCCCUUUCUGUGCUUGAAAAGAUUGCUGGUUGUUUAGUAAAAUUAUUUUCCUUGUAGGUCCCAUGUGAGGGGUCAUGUAAUUAGUUCUGUUAGUGCUUCUGUUGUGGUUCCUCUUAUUUUUUGAGAUUUUCGUAGUUAUAGAGGGUUUUAGAACCUGAGGGGGCUCCUCUGUGGAGGAAAGCCUGUAUUGCCUCCUUUUAAGAGUUCAGUUCUUCUACUCUUUUUUUUUUAUUAUUUUACUUCAAAGAGCAUACAAAGUGACAGUAACAAUCCUUUGCACUUUAUCUUUUAAAUCACUAAAGCUUUCCUUGACCUAAGGAAUAGGGUUGCUUUUCAGAUAUGGACUUGGCAAAUUGUGGUUGAGUGCUCUCCCACUCACAGCGUUUCUCUGAUGGUUCCAGGGUGAAGUGUUGGACCUCAGGUAAAGGUCUAAUGAUCACGACAGAAGACAGUGACGCCUAGUGGCAGGACAGUGACGAGGAUAUUAAGUAAUUUUGUGCACUAAGCUAUCGUUUGAAACUUUGUUUUAUAGUGUGGUGUGACUGCUACAAAUGUUUUUUCCAAAUAUUUUCUUAUUGACUGGGCAAGCCCGAACUAUGAAGAAUUUUAGGUCAAGGCAUAUGUUAGAGGCUUUAUGUGCUGAUCUGUGGUGGAGCACACUUUAAACAUGUAAGGGAAGCACUGUUUAGUGUAAACAGCACCCUGUUGUUAAUUUUUGGUGGAAAUGUCCUUGAUUUGGUUUUGAGUGAAAGGAGGAAACUAGUGGUCAGGUUGCUGUGUUCCCUUAUUUACUUCAUGUGAGCACAGUGUUGAAGAGCUGCUCUAUGAGGGAGAGGAAACUUCUCACUAUUAAGUCACAAAUAUAAGGCUAGAUGUUGUUGAUAAUGAUGAAGUGGUGAAUGUCUGAAACUGACCAUUCAGAACCAGGCUAGUAAUUUUGCACAGCAACCCUGUCUGUUGUUCUGUUGAUACUCAAUAAAGAAAGCUAUAUUUGUGCUGCCUUCUUCUAAGCAGACCAGAAGGGAAGUGGAGGUGAGAGGAGCAAGUGGCUUUGUGGCACUUAGUUGCUGGCAGGGUUUAAACCACAAUACAGGAUUUUGGCACUAUAGCCUAUAUAAAUGCCAUUCUAUAGAGAAAAGGGUUCUCUAAAGCUUAGAACUAUGUGCUUCUCUCGAGGAGUUGUGUGUGGGAGAGUAAUGUUGAAUGUGCUUUAGAAGAAGUCAGGGGCUGAAUUCCUUGGGAACAAUUGAAAUAUGUGAUCCAGAUACAUGCCUUGCAGAAUCCAAAUGUCACUUGCAGGAGUUCCAGAUGAGAAGUCAGGGGUUAAGUCACCAGGUAUCAAAAUACUUAAAACUGGAAGGUUUGGAUUCAGUAAAAUUAGGUGGUGUGGUUUAAGCUGAACCCAGGACACUUAAGUAACAAUUAUGAAAAUUUCAGCUAUGGAAUUCUGAAGAAUCCUAGCAGAAAAUGAAAGCAUUAAAAGAAAAGUAAGUUUUGGCCAAGUAUGUGAUUCUUAUAGCGGCUGGCUGAAAGAGGCAAGGUUUCUAUGUGCUAAGAUAAGAGAAUAUGGAGGGGUGGGGUUAGUAGUGAAUUUGGGAAUUAAAAUUGAAAUUCACUGUGGUCCAAGUAGCACCAGGCUUCUAAAGUUUAGUACUUUGUUUUAUCAAUUUUUGUAGUGUUAUGUGGAUUUUAAAUAUCUCAUUAAAAGUGUUUUUUAUUAUAAUAAGGAAGUCUGGUUAGUAUGCAUCUUAGCAAGAUUUCUUUUCAUGCAAAGACUGUUAUGGUAUAUCUCAAAUCUUUUACAUGUCUCAACUAUGUAAUUAAUACCCCAGAUCACCUGUUAACUUAAACAUUGCUAGAUCUACUAGAAAAAGGGAGAUAUGCAAUAAAGCAAAUAACAGCACUCAUUUUUGUUGGUUUGAGUGCACCUUUACAGUCCACCUAAAAAUACAGGACAUAAAAUACAGACAACCUUUAUUAUUCUUCUUGGUAGCCUAGAGUUGGAGUUACCAGUUCUGAUACACAGGGACUUUGAUUAUACAUGAGUGUUUUCUUCCCUGCCUUUUGUUGCUCACUUUAAGGGGAUUUUCUGAUUUGUGAUUGUGGAUGAUUGUCUCAUUGCUCUGAAACACGACUCAAAAAGGUUCUCUAACUGAGGGGGUUGUCUUAAUUACCUGUAUAAAUAAGUGCUGCUUUUCAACCUGAAAGUAGACUAGCCAUAAUUUGUUUAUAAAUUUUGUUAAUGUGAAACUAACCCCAGUCCUGUUUGGCCUCUCUUGUAAGGCCUCAUCUACAAUCUGAUAUUGAAAUAUUCACACUUGGCUUCCAUAGUGGCUGGAUCAGGUCACAGGGUGUGCUGCUGCCAUGAUUUGGAAAAGUCUUGCAUAAUAUCAUUUUGGGUGAAUUUUUUUGUUUGCCUAGGUGACUACUGGAGACCUCAUCCUUUUUUUUUUUUUUUUUGAACAAGCUUAUUUAAGGAGUCCUGUUUGUGUCAGCUUUCUGGCUGAAGCUUUUUAAAAAGCAAGAUCAAACCCACAACACAGAAUAAGCUGUGAUGGGGGUGUUUGGCAUUUGGGUUUUUCUGGGGGGAUGUUUUUUGGGGGCUAAUAUUUUUGUUUGUAUUUAAGAAAAAUGCCUGAUCUGAGACACCCUGGCCAGACAUCUUGUUCUUACCAUCUUCAUACCUCAUGCCUAAAUCACAGUUUGUGCUUCCAUUUGUGUCUUUAGUUGUUUUUUUUUCCAAAACCUGUCAUCCUUCCACCAAUCUUUCAGUAAUAUUUACUGUCACUUGUAGUACAGGUCAUGAUCUUGAAGCAGGCACGUUGCCACAGUGAUAUCUCUGUCUAAUGGUUUUUAGCAUGUACUGUUCUGCCCUUCUUCCAGUAAGUGCAGCGUCCAAGUCUUUCAGGUUUUCUUGCUUUUUCCUGGUAACACUGAUUAAAUAUUGAUGUUACAUACAGUAAUAAGACACCUUUCUUAACCUCAGGGAGACUCCCACUUAAAGUGAAUUUAGAAGUAUUAAGCAAAUUCAAGUUUGCUCUUAUAUAAUAAAAUGUUUGUUAAAUGGUACAUCAUCUUUACACUGUGUACAUAAAUAAAAGUAUUUUAUUGAA